AUGCGCACGACAGGCACACAAUUAGUCCCGAAGAACGCAUUCAAACCGAUAAUUGGGUCUUCCGAUUGUUUCAGCUAUGACCGUGACCAGCCGUUCACCUUCCAGAUCGGCGUCGGACAAGUUAUCAAGGGAUGGGACCAGGGUCUGCUUGACAUGUGCGUCGGUGAAAAGCGCAAACUGACUAUUCCAUCCUCUCUGGGAUACGGUGAACGUGGGGCCGGCAACGUCAUCCCUCCCCAUGCUACCCUGCACUUCGAAGUGGAACUCAUCAACAUCGGAGACUCGCCACCCACCACCAACGUGUUCAAGGAGAUCGACGCGGACAAGGACAACAUGCUGUCUCGCGAGGAAGUGAGCGAGUAUCUCAAGAAGCAGAUGGUGCCGUCGGACGGUGCGGAGGUGAGCGACGACAUCAAGCAGAUGCUGGAGAGCCACGACAAACUUGUCGAGGAAAUCUUCCAACACGAAGACAAAGACAAGAACGGCUUCAUAAGCCACGAGGAGUUCUCAGGGCCCAAGCAUGACGAGCUCUAAACCAAUUAUAUAUUAAUAUUAAGCUAAUUAAGCAGCCAAUGCUCCCGGGCUCAAAUUAAACUGGUCUUGUAAUACCUAAAGGGAGCACGUAAAGACUAGUGUGCAGUGCUGAAUUAAACAAAAUGUAUAAGUUAUUUAAUUUUGUUAAAACCUAUGGUUGUUAUGAAUUAGAGUUCUUUUAUUUACAUUAUUUCAAUAUUGUGUAUAUGCAUGUUUAAGUCAUAACUGAAGGAUCAUUGUUGAGUCUAUUAAUUUGUACUUAGUUCGUUUUACGUUGUUUUGUUAGUCAAUCAAAAAAAAUUUGUAAUCUAGGAUAUUAUAGUUAGUGUAAAACAAUAUUAUAAUAUUAUGAUGUAAUCUAAUAAAUGGGAAUCUGUAAUAGAAUAUCUUUUCAUUAAUUGUCGAGAUUGGUAAGUCAUUUUGUAGGUACUCGGUACUCAUUUCUACUGCGUUGAUCAUCUUUCAUAAUUCUUAUGGUCUCUAAUAAACUUCAUAAUCUCCAAACUUAUUUUGUAAAACUGUGAAACGCGUACAGCUGAAAUAGUCUCAACUCUCUACUAUGCGUAAUUUGUUAUGUAUUUUAAUUACUAAGAAAGCGCUCGAUAUAACACGUAUCUAAAGUUAUUGUAACGAUAGGUAUAUAAUAAAUGUAAUACAGAAGCGUCAAAAAUAAACACGCUAAUGUUGAAAUAUUUACAGAAAUAAAUUGAAAAUUACAAAGAUGUCAUAAACCUCUAUUAGAUACCCGAUUAACUUGUUACUGUUUAGGUAAUACAACAUCUCUAGAUAGCUCGGCUAUGACUAUUAUACUAUUCAUUGGAUAUUUAUAAAACACUGGGUCUAUUGACACUAAUUUUUUCAAUAAAGAUGUUUUACUUGAA